UAUCCACUCAGGUCACAGGGUAGAAACAGAGCACCAGCUCCCUUAAAUUCAGCCUCCUCCUCAGGCUUGAAGAGACUUGCGGGAGUGGUGACUCUCAUCUGCUCGAAGAUGAACCCACUGUGGACCCUCCUCUUUGUGCUCUCAGCCCCCAGAGGGGUCCUGUCCCAGGUGCAGCUGAAGGAGUCGGGCCCCAGCCUGGUGAAGCCCUCACAGACCCUCUCCCUCACCUGCACGGUCUCUGGAUUCUCAUUGAGCAGCAAUGCUGUAGGCUGGGUCCGCCAGGCUCCAGGGAAGGCGCUGGAGUGCCUUGGUGGUAUAAGCAGUGGUGGAAGCACAGGCUACAACCCAGCCCUGAAAUCCCGGCUCAGCAUCACCAAGGACAACUCCAAGAGCCAAGUCUCUCUGUCACUGAGCAGCGUGACAACUGAGGACACGGCCACAUACUACUGUGCAAGAGACACAGUGAGGGGAAGUCAGUGUGAGCCCAGACAAAAACCUCCCUGCAUAGGGGCCCGUGACCACCAGGGGGCGCUCAGGACUCAGUACAGAGCUGAGCCCUGGAGCAGGUGCAGAAGAGGCGUUGGGCGGUGGGGGGCCUGGGGGGGAUUCUCCUCAGAGCUUCUCUUUCCUCCUCCUGCCCAGGAACCGCACCUCAGACCUUCUUGUUGUGUCCUGGCCCGUUCUCUGGACAUUUGGUGUAAGCUCGCUAAGUCCACAGGAGAGGUUCUGUGUGACUCAGCAGUGCGGCUCAGCACAGCAGGGCCAGUGAACGAGCUAGCCAGCGGUCAACAGUCAUCAGCCAUAGUUCUCUCCACGGAGACCCAGCGGGACCUCCACGCCACCUGA